AUGUGUGCAGUCUAUAGCGACAUCAUCAACCAUCAACCAUCACUCUUUCCGGAACUCAUUCUUGACGCCCUCCAAUCUCAGUCUGGAGUCAUUUUAGGCGAAAAUAUACUGUUGCCCAAGUCCACUGCACAUGUGGUUCCACUUGUGCCGAGUACAAUAGGCAUAGUGCACGAGGUGGUGAACCCCGUUGGCGGUGGAGACGGUACCUCGACUAGCGUGGGCGCUGCUGAUGGAAUCCCAACACACCUCCCACAUAUUUCCCCCCCAAAACAACUCCUGGUUUUGCAUAUCUGCUAG